UGCAGCAGAACAAGAUCAGAUAGCAGAUAUACCAAGAAAGUGUGAGACUGUCGACUACCCAUGACUCUAAAAUAAGCUCUGAGGGAUUGAUUUUUGAUUGGAUUGGACCCUACAGGCCAUGUGAGCCAUGCAGACAUUUCAUCUGGAAUAGCUGUGAUCAACUUGUUGUGCUAUUUUGAGGGUCGAAAUUAUACCUUCAGUGCUUUACUAGUCAUUUUCUAAUUUCUUUCCUGUUUCUGAUCAACUGAAUAUCAUUCAUGCAGUAGCGUUGGAGGACAGCACAGUAGGAGUGAUUGUAAUGCUCUGCUUUUUGAAUGGAGAAAGAGACACGUUAAAACUAGGAGGCACAGGCAUGAUGGUACUCUGUGGCGGUUUACUUUUCUGCCUCAGGAGGAUAGAGUGGUUCUACCCGUAACAGAAGAGAAGAGUUGAAGGAAGCCUGAGGAGAAACAUGCAGCAGUUUGGAUAAAGACUGAGAGAUACUGAAGAAACAGAAAGUUGGGAAUCCACAUUUAUUGGGAACAUUUGCACACAAGGAAACUAUUUUUGUGCCUCACUUCUCAAUUCCAGCUGACACUGCGUCUGUUCUGGAAGGAGCCACACACUUCCUGUGAGCCUGGUCAGUUUUGUAUGAGCCGGGCUGAUCGUGUAAAGUGGCUCACGUGGCUCUGCCCCACUGAGGCAUGAGUGUGGGAAGGGCCCACCACCACAGUGUCGUGUCCUGUGAAGAAGAAGGCCUGAGACUAAAUACCAUGCCUGCUGUGGGCAGCUUCGGCAAUGGCAAGAUUCACACAAGACGCAAAUACCACAGCCGGUUUGUCAGCAAGGCUGGCCAAUGCAACAUCAAUUUCUCAAACAUGGAUGAGAAGUCACAGCGGUACAUAUCUGACAUUUUUACAACAUGUGUGGACAUCCGCUGGCGAUACAUGUUCCUGCUAUUCAGCCUGGUGUUUGUGGCAUCCUGGCUAACAUUUGGUCUGGCGUUCUAUGUCAUCGGCCUCCUACAUGGUGACAUGGACCAUCCUGAAGGGGACGACAGCUUUGUUCCUUGCGUCACACAGGUUAACACCUUCGUGGCAGCUUUCCUUUUCUCCAUUGAGACCCAGACAACCAUUGGCUAUGGUGCUCGUUGUGUGACAGAGGAAUGUCCGGCUGCUGUCUUCAUGGUGGUCUUUCAGUCCAUCAUGGGCUGCAUCAUCGAUGCCUUCAUGAUUGGUGCCAUCAUGGCUAAGAUGGCAAGGCCCAAAAAGCGUGCAGAGACUCUACUGUUCAGCCACAAUGCAGUCAUUGCUUUACGUGAUGGGAAACUGUGCCUCAUGUUUAGGGUUGCUAAUCUAAGGAAGAGCCACAUUGUGGAAGCUCAUGUGCGAGCCCAACUCGUCAAGCCCCGUUACACAGAGGAAGGCGAAUACAUCCCCUUGGAUCAGAUUGACAUGAAUGUCGGCUAUGACAAAGGCACAGACCGCCUGUUUCUGGUUGCACCCCUCACUGUCAUACAUGAGAUUGAUGAAGACAGUCCACUGUUUGGCAUCAGUAAGCAAGAUCUUGAAACAUCUGAUUUUGAGAUAGUAAUUAUACUUGAAGGGUUGGUGGAGGCCACAGCCAUGACGACACAGGCACGCAGCUCUUACCUGCCCUCAGAGAUCCUGUGGGGUCACCGCUUUGAGCCCGUCAUCUUUGAGGAGAGGAGCCAGUACAGGAUAGAUUACGCCUACUUUCACAAAACAUUCGAAGUACCCUCCACCCCCAGAUGCAGUGCCAAGGACAUGGAGGAGAGAAAAUUCCCAACAUCUGGUGCCAACUCUUUCUGCUAUGAGAAUGAGCUUGCCUUCAUCAGCAGGGAUGAGGAGGACGAGGGCGAUGUGGAGAAAGAGGAAGAAAGACAGUGUUUAUCAGAGCUAGGGAAUGAGCAGGCCACUCCUGGACGAGAUCAAAAGUCAUCCCGUAGAGAAUCAGAGAUUUAACCUUCGGCUGUUGCUCGUCUAGUUUGUUUUUGGAUGCAGAGCAAUGCAAGUGUUGCAUAAAGAGCCCUAUGACUGUCAUCCUACUGACACGAGGAUACCACUACAGGAGGAGAAACAGCAGAACUGAUCCCUGUUAGACAAGCAGGGAUGAAACUCAUUGCACUUCUCACAGGAUUAACUCUUUUGCUUCCCUGAGAUGGUUAUGAAGCUUUAUCAAAUGCAAAGAAAACUGUCAUGUUUCAAUUUGCAGAUGAUUCUAGUAAUAAAGUGCAUGACAAUAAUAUAGUUUUGUAUGAAUAUUUUAAGACAUGUUUCAUAGUUUUGUUGGGACUAUCUGUAGGUGCUGUUCACCGUCCGCAAAUAUACAAUUUGCAAAUGAGUGUGGAGUGAAACUGACACUUUGCAGAUGACAUUUAGAAAACUAAAGUGUGGGAAUAUUUCUCCAGAUUGAUUUAGUAAAAACAGAGGUGUAGCUCAACAGCGUAUUUUAAUCUUAUUGAUAUAAUUUAUGUGUAUAAUAAGACUCUAAAUAUUAUACGUUAUACAAUGUCCAUGGAUGACGUGGUUAGUUGGCAUACAUACAACUGGACUCCAUGAGAAGGUAGUUUUCUAAAUAUUUCCAUCAGAAAAAGGGAAAACACAGUUGAUGGUGCAUUGUAUGUCAUUUAAGCAUGAUGACAGGGAAACUACUCUGUCUUUAAAUUUCAGCCAGAGGGAAACAUUUGACCUGAAUAAGUGUUAAACAUUUCAGAGUGCCUGCUUGCACCAAAGUGAGAAUAAUCACACUGCAGUAUUUUGGCUAUUUACACGUUAUUACAGAUCCCACUGCAUGCUGUGAUUGGCUAGAGCUCGUCAUGUUGACACCUCUAGGUCAGAAACAGUUAGGAUUAGGGCAAAGAGGUCAUAGGGGUAAUACCAGCUAAUCUUAGAUAUUCUGGGAUUAAAGUGGUGAAUUACAAGAGAAAACUCAUAAAUGUACGGCCAGAGAUUCAGGUGACAUAGUUUUCGACGACAGUCCAUGGCAGUAAUAAGAUAUGGUGGAUAAAUGGGUUAAACACUGGACUUUCAUGAAACAAACUGGGGUUUGAGUCCCAUUUGAGUUAGUGUUGUCUUAUUUUUAGACUUAGUUGACUUAUUAUUUCAGUUUUUAGGAUGCAUAAAGCUGCUGAAUGCACACUGUGUACAUAAACCUUAGCAGAAUAGAUUAAUAGACCUGUUUGUGUUAACUUCAUAUUUAUAUGUUGUUAGGAUGCCCAAUAAUGCACACUGGGCUGGAUAUAGCAUUUUUGGCUAUGGACAUCUGGAUGCUUGUCUCUGCCAUGAUGCUACAUAGGCUACACCUGGCAGUAAAUAUCCACAACAGCUACUCCACCCCAAGUGCAAAUAGCACUGUUGUCUAUGGACACCCCUGGGUACAAAUAGCAUCUGUCUAUAUAUUUUCUUACUCAACAGUUUACCAGGAACAUUGCGACUUUGAGCAAACACUAACUGAGCAAGCAUUUGCUAAGCCCCACUCCCCUAGGUAAUUCUUACAAUAUCUGUCAAACUUUCUGUUCUCCCACGGCAACAGUUUACAAUACUGAUCGACAGAGGUAUUUUCUGACACAAUGGGUCCUUGAUUUCAGGCAGUGGUAGACAAAAACAGGCUUAUCAUGUCGUUCAUCCCUUCAUCCGUCCAGUCUAUGGUCCCAACAAACUCACACCGUCACUGAAAUGGCUCGACUCUGUCAUUAAACCCCUUAAUAGCAGUUAGCCCUGUCACUGUGUGAGUGGCCAUACUCCUGCAGCUGGAGCUACAACACAUACAGUCUGUGGUGGGGUGAAGUCAAGUGUGAUGUAUUUGACGGAGAUGGUAGUGCAGUGUGCCGAGAUGCCACCAAAACGUUUUAAAGUAUGUGCCACUCCAUUCACAUUAUGGGUAUUGAAUAAAGUAUUGGUAUCACUUUAAGGGUACUGGUAUUGGUACUGGUAUUGUAAUUGUAACAAUAUCCAGCCCUAAAGAUCAGACUGUUAUUUCACUCUAACAUAACUCUAUUUAGCUCAUCUUAUUUUGCUUAGCUUGCAUAGGCCUACUAACAUAUUACACUUAUGGUUUCUUUUUCAUAUUUCCAAAUUGUACUGUAUGUUAACAUUACAAGAAAAAAAAAAGCUUUUAAUAUCAAGACUAACAAUAACACUUUCUCAGGUAAUGUUGGCUGAAGUUGCUGGAGUGUAAACCAACCCAAAUCCAACAGUAGGACAGGCUGAUGUGACUUCCACACAAAAAGCAAAUAAGCCAUUAAAAAAGGCUUUUUCGAAGUAAACUGUAACCCCAAACAAAAUAAAGCAUGUAAUAUGGUAGAUUAUGUUAUAUAAGUGCUGGGUGACUUUCAUGAUAAAUUUAAUGAGUUUUCAGACCCUUUUUGCGACUUAAUUUUGUAAAAGCAACAAAAUCAGUGACUUAUUUCGACGGUUAAGAAAAAAAAGCAACGAAUACGUUAUAAUUUAUUCACAUGCAUGCUGCUUAAAGUAAUCGCAGUCCACAGCUCUUCAGCGUGGGAUCUCUCCCCCUCUCUCCUCUUGCCCUGUGCACAGGCAGUCAGUAGGUGUGAGCAGGACAGGCAGGAGGAGAGGAGAUGCCGCUCACCACAGAAGUGGGAGUUCAGUUGUAAUUCUUCUCAUAUGCAAUAUGUAUUCUAAAGGGAAAUAAAAACACAGCUGUACACUAUCUCUAUAAUUUACAGAUGAGACCUUUUCUCCUUAUAUGUGCACAAAAUUAAAAAUAACCAAAGACAACAAGCACCUCAAAGUUCAGCCCUUUCUGUGACCACAAGACAUAAAAACACAGUAUGAACAGGAGAAUCUAACUAAAACCCCUCACAUAUUGGUAAUCAAAGACUUAACACAUAAUUUUUAGAGCCUCCACAGACAAUCUAAUUAAAGUAAUCUGAAAUGAAACUGUCACAUAGGCCCACAAGGCUCGUGGGAGACAGAGUGGAGUAAUACUGUAUCAGAUCUGUGCUCUAUAUUAAGUUAAAAGGCCAAAGAAAAAAAAGCCCACAAAUAUUGACCAAAGGGAAAUCUUGAUUUAACACGAAAUUCAGUGCUGAGAAUAUAUAUUCUUCGAUAUGAAGCCAACAUAUUAAUGACUCUUGAAUGUUUUGGAUGCUUGUGGGACAUGUUUCUCACAUUUACAGGUUUGUUGGCCACUUGUGACAAAGAAAUAUAUUUUGUGACAUAUUAACAACUCAAAUUUAGAUGCAUUUUUGUGUCAUUAUAAUGUCAUAAUAAAUGUUAUAUCUGAUAAUAGCCUACAUUUUAUGCUAGGAUUUAAAAUGUAUAUAUGAUGAAAAAUGAAUUUGAAGAAGUAAGAAAUCAGUUUUAAGAUUGUGUCACAAUAAAAAAAAAUACCAGGAAACUAGUGCAAACAAAUCAAAUCAUACCCGGAGAUAACAUUUUGGCAUAUUAUUAAAGUAUAUUAAUGUGAAAAACUUUGCUUAAUCCUGUGUUUGGUACAGGCAUACACUGAACGCCCUAGUUUCACUUUGACCUGCUUGUGUUGUGGCAGAUCACACACAUGAAAACCCAGAAAAAAAUGUUGGCCUUGUACAUUUCUGCAAACCACAGAUAAGUUAUAUUUGCAUGUUAUGAUAUAGCAGAUGCAUUUAAAUUUUUUCAACAACGCUGUGGUGUUUAUGCACAAAACCCACUUGGUUAUGAUUAGGAUCAUGUUUUGGCUUAAAAUACUGGGUUUUGGGGGCACAAUCCUCGCCAGAAAUGCA